CUAGAAAUUAUUUCUAAUUUUCAAUUAAUUUGUGUCAAAAUACUAUUGAAAGUGAAUAAUAAUGUCGAGUAAAGUGAGACAAAACUUUCAUCAGGACUCUGAGGCCGGGAUUAAUAAACAGAUUAAUCUGGAACUACACGCCAGCUAUGUAUACGAACAACUGGCCUGGUAUUUCAAUCGCGAUGACGUAGCCCUUCAAGGCUUCAGCGACUUCUUUAAGGGAAGGGCUGAUGAGGAGAGGGGUCACGCGAGGAAGUUCAUGGAGUAUCAGAACAAACGGGGCGGUCGUAUCGUAUUGCAGGACAUCACCAAACCGGCCAAACAGGACGGGUGGACACCGUUGGAGGCCAUCGAAGCCUCUCUACAGUUGGAGCGCACCGUCAAUCAGGCGCUUCUGGACCUCCAGGGCAUCGGCGCUAAGACUAACGAUCCGGAGUUCACGGACUUCAUUGAGAGUGAGUUCCUUCACGAACAGGUGGACGACAUCAAGAAACUGGGAGAUCACGUGACUAACUUGAAACGGGUGGGCACUGGUCUCGGGGAGUACCUCUUUGACAAACAGACCCUCGAUGAGUUCAGUGACAAAGUACUCGACACUAAUCGGUGGCAAAUCGGCGACAAUUGGGUGAACGGCAGAUGCGAUUCCCAUUAUCUGGAACUAUACCGAAACCAAAGUAUAUUAAGCUGUGACUCGAGCGCCCCGAAGAACCUACAGCUCCGGGAGGGCUGUCUGGCCAUUACGGCCACUCACGAGUCGGCA